AUGGAGGUCAGAUACAACCAGGAGACAGAACCGGGGAUGGGGCUGAAGAACGGACUAAAGGAUGGGAAAGACAGCAAGGAUUCCCAGGGAAACCUUUCCAAAACCUUCCUAAAGAAUCAGCACGAGUCCUUCUCACCAUCUGGGAUGGUGGAAAACUGUGAGAAGAACCGAGCGAGCACGGGGGACCCAGACUACUGCCGGAGAAUACUUGUCAGAGAUGCCAAAGGGUCUAUACGAGAAAUCAUUCUGCCAAAGGGACUGGAUUUGGACCGUCCCAAACGAACCCGGACCUCUUUCACCGCAGAGCAACUCUAUCGUCUGGAGAUGGAGUUCCAGAGGUGCCAGUAUGUGGUUGGGAGGGAACGAACAGAGCUGGCCCGCCAGCUAAAUCUUUCUGAAACUCAGGUUAAAGUUUGGUUCCAGAACCGACGCACAAAGCAGAAGAAGGACCAGGGCAAAGAUUCAGAGCUGCGCUCGGUGGUGUCGGAGACGGCAGCCACCUGCAGUGUAUUAAGACUCCUAGAGCAGGGCCGGCUCCUCACGCCGCCAGGUCUGCCGGGGCUCCUGCAGCACUGUGGCAACGGCACCUUGAGUGUCGCCCUGCGAGGGCCCUCCAUGGGCAUGGCUAGCAAUGGAAGCAGCAGCAGUGGUGCCAGCUCAGGGACGGCCGGGGGCAGUCCCCCUCUGCCCAUAGUGACCAGUUCAGGGACGGUAGCGGGCCUCCAGAGCUCCCCAUCAGCUCAUGGCCUGUUCAGCUUCCCCAUGCCCUCUCUGCUGGGAAGCGUGGCCACCCGCAUGUCCUCCAACCCGCUUUCUAUGGCCGGGAACCUACAGGAACUGUCUGCCCGCUACCUGAGCUCUUCUGCUUUUGAACCUUACUCACGGACCAAUGGCAAGGAGAGUAUGGACAAAAACGUUUUCGAAUGAUGUUUUUGAUUCUUUUCAUUGCUCUCCUUGCUUUUUAUUACCUUGGUUUUGUUUGUUUCACCCUCUUCUGUCCUGUUUGUGUUGUGGUUGUCGUUCAUGUGAAUCCAAUUGAGCAUCUGAUGCCUCUCGGAGGGAGGAAAACAAAGACAUACAUUUCAUUCUUAUAAGAACAGGGUGAUUGUUUUUAAGCUUUUGCACUAAAUUAAAGUUUCAUCUCCAUGUUGUGAAUUUCAAUACAAGUACUCAGAGAAACAAAUAUCCAUGAGAUUGCAAAAGGGCAGCAUUGCAUUUUUUUUGCCACAUUUUCUCACGUUUAUUUUGCCGCAAUAGUAAUCACAAAAAGAGCCACAAAAAUGAGUCUGUUUAUGUUUUGGUAACACAUCACACAUGUUUAGCUGCUGGAGGUAAUUGGCACAUUACACACAAAGCUUUUCAGUGAUUGGCCAUGGGUGUAACAUGAUGGUAUCAUUUUGAUUUUGUGUUUUAUUAUUUGAUUGUUUUGGUUAGACAGAGUCACAGUGUUUCAAAGUAGGGAGUUAUCAAGCAUUACAGCUUGCGGAGUUCAGGUGACAGACUGUCAGUUCAGGACGGCAUGGUGUACUUGGAGUCCGGCCAUUGUCAAACAUGACAUUUCAGUUUACGGAAAUAUCACAGGUCUCUUUUUCCAUUUGCAGAUACUCAUGAGGAACACAGGCAUUUAACAUACAAAUGCAUUUACAUAUGCAGAUGUUUUGCAAUAUGAAACUACAAUAACAGUAUUUUAUACCAGUUUGUAUUUGUUUUUAUGUUUGGGCCAAAACAAACUAAAGAAAAAUGUUGUCAUACAGUAUGAUAGUUCAAUUGUUCUGUGUUAGUUGUUUUAUAAAUGGGUUUGUGAGGGUUUUCCCAAUAUGAUUUUAAACACAGUCUACAUUUGUGACUUUUAUGUCUUAAAGCUGCAGUAUUCCACUUUUUCGUCUGUGAUUUUAAGAAUACUGGAGUGGUAGUCCAGAUUUCCAUGUAAGAGUUGGAGAAAAGCUUGGAAGUGUGGGGUUGGGCAAAGGGAGGACGGAGGAAAGGGUUCUGGAAAAGCUUUUGAACUACAGUAAGCAGCUUGCAUAGUUGGAUAUACAGAAUUGAACUUGAUGCUACAUGAUUGAAAACAGUGCAGAAGGUUUUGCAAUCUUUUAAGACUUUUUCCCGUGUGAAAUGUUUUAAGAUCAGUCACCAUGGCGGGAGGUUUAGUAGGAAAGGAGCAUGAGGUGAGUGAAAUUACUGUAGUACAAAAGAAAGAAAAAUGAGAAUUGUACCUAAAAUUGUUAUUUUAUUGUAAAUUAUUAAUGUCCGUAAUUAAUAGAUGAUUAGUAUGUAUAUCUGACAAAUUAUGAAUGAAUUAAUGAAUGAAUGUAAGGGAGGAGGUGAUAAAUCAAUCAAAGCUCUUUGGUGCUGUUGUUGUGAAAUAACUUGAACUUUGUGACAUGUGUGGUAAGAGUGUGGAUACAUAUUAUAUACAGUAUAUAUGCCUACCAAAAAAGCCACGUGUGUUGUUUAUUUUCUUUCAUACAUUCAUCAUGAUGAUAAUCCAGUUUAAAUUAUUAAAAAAAGGCCAUGUUGUACCUUCA